AACGACAUUCUGUCCACGUGAAGUUCUGCCGCGCUGGCCAUCGUUUUAUUAGAUCACGCUAGUUGCGUUGUGUUUGUUAGCCACAUAUUUCCUGGAUAUAAGCAACUACAUCGAAAAUGUCGGCCCCGAAAGUGCACGUUCUUGUGGAUGGAUAUUCUGUUCUAGAGGGUGACGGGAAAUCAAUGCGAGCAAACUGCACUUGUUCCGUUGUGGAGGGACCUCCACACAUUAUUGUGGAUACCAUGACUGCCUGGGAUGCAGAAAAGGUACUGCAAGGCCUGUCGUCGCUCGGUCUCCAGCCAGAAGACAUAAGCUAUGCUGUCGCCACACACGGACACUGCGAUCAUGUGGGCAACCUGAACCUGUUCCAGGCAGCCACCCAUGUGGUGGGCACGUGCGUCUCCCGGCGGGACGUCUUCACGCUGCACGACUUUGAUUCUGAGCCGUACAAGCUGUCCGAGUUUGUGGACGUGAUCGCGACGCCGGGCCACACCAGCGAGGACGUCAGCGUGCGCGUGCGGAGCCGCCACCAGGGCCUGGUCAUCAUCGCCGGCGACCUGUUUGAGCGGGAGGAAGACAUACGCGACCCGAGCCUGUGGCGGUCGGCCGGCAGUCAGGACCCGGACCGCCAGAUGGCGAACCGGCGCCGCGUGCUGGCCGAGGCCGACCUCGUGGUGCCGGGACACGGCCCGAUGUUCGCCGUCACAGCCGAGCACCGCAGGCUGGAGAGCGAGCGCUAGCGCCGCGUGACCCUGGCCCCGAACCAGCGCCAGAUGUGAGGAGAGCGUAAGGUGAGGCCUCAUGUCCCC